UUUCGGCAUACAUUUUACCGAGCAAUUGUCUGUCUACGAAAGGUUUUUUUUUUAUUCCUAAACAUCUUUAACUUCUUUUUUCCGACAUUCCUGCUAUACGCAUAGACAGGUUAGGUCAGUUUAGAACGUGCCGCCACUGUGUUUUAUUAUCGCGAUUUCGGAAUUUUGUUUAUAUUGUUGUGUCCAGUGUGUUAUUAUUAUUUUCGAAUCGUCACUCCACAAGGUCUCCUCGAUUGCAUGUUGUGUUGAAUAUUUUCUCUUGUUGGCCGAUUUCGGAGAAAUGCAGAAAAUUCUGUAAUUAUUUGCGGCGCUGUUGAAAUUAUUGAGGAUAAUAUGUGAAUCAUCUGUUGCUACAGUUUAUUUUGGAUUUUGCAUUACUUUAUAAGGAGUUCAACGUAUAGUUAUGGUUAAUUGACAGUUAUGGCUCUCGGAGGUAUCUUCAGAAGACGGAAAAGAAGUACUGUGGAUGGGGCGAAAACAAAUUCCUUAGCUACUGGACCUCCGCCUCCAACACCAUUAAACAAGACUAAACAAACAAGUGGAACUGUUCAAGGACCUAUCAUUAAAAAAGAUAAACGCCACUCGAGUUCCAGAUUCAACAUUAGCAAAAAUUGUGAAUUGGAGGUUCUUCCUAAUUUGAAGGAUGCUUCUCCUUCUGACAGAGAGGAACUAUUAAUUCAGAAGUUACGUCAAUGUUGUGUCCUCUUUGACUUUGUCACAGAUCCUCUAUCUGACCUAAAAUGGAAAGAAGUUAAACGGACAGCCCUCCAGGAGAUGGUUGAAUAUGUGACACAACAAAAGGGCGUUAUAACAGAGGCUAUAUAUCCUGAAGCUGUCCAUAUGUUUGCUGUGAAUCUUUUUCGUACUCUGCCUCCUUCAUCUAAUCCAAAUGGGGCUGAGUUUGACCCUGAAGAAGAUGAGCCCACUCUGGAGGCUGCUUGGCCCCAUCUUCAACUUGUUUAUGAACUAUUUCUGAGAGUCCUAGAGGCACAAGACUUUCAACCAAACGUAGCUAAAAGGUAUAUUGACCAAAAGUUUGUUCUUCAGUUACUAGAACUGUUUGACUCUGAAGAUCCAAGAGAAAGAGAUUUACUCAAAACUACCUUACACAGGAUCUAUGGUAAAUUUCUAGGACUGAGAGCUUUCAUAAGAAAACAAAUUAACAAUAUUUUCUAUCGAUUCAUAUAUGAGACUGAGCAUCACAAUGGUAUAGCAGAACUGCUAGAAAUCUUGGGUUCAAUUAUUAACGGUUUUGCUUUACCUCUAAAAGACGAACAUAAGGUUUUUCUGUUACGAGUACUAAUGCCAUUGCACAAGGUGAAAUCACUGUCAGUGUAUCAUCCACAGCUGGCCUACUGUGUGGUCCAGUUCUUGGAAAAAGAUCCAUCGUUGACCCAACCAGUCAUUCGUUGUUUACUUAAAUACUGGCCUAAAACACAUAGCCCUAAAGAAGUUAUGUUUUUAAAUGAACUAGAGGAAAUAUUGGAUGUGAUUGAACCCGCGGAAUUUCAAAAGGUGAUGGUUCCUUUAUUCAGACAGCUCGCCAAGUGUGUCAGUUCGCCGCAUUUUCAAGUAGCAGAACGUGCACUCUACUACUGGAACAACGAAUACGUCAUGUCCUUGGUUUCAGAAAAUGCAGCUGAAAUCUUACCUCUUAUGUUCCAUAGUCUGUACAAAAAUUCUAAGACUCACUGGAACAAAACCAUCCAUGGAUUAAUCUAUAAUGCUCUGAAGCUUUUCAUGGAAAUGAACCAAAAACUAUUCGAUGAAUGCACACAACAAUAUAGACAAGAGAGACAGAAGGAAAGAGAGCGGCAACAUCAAAGACAGGAAUUAUGGGGCCGAGUGGAAAACCUCGCCGCUUCAAGACCAGAAUAUGAACAACUGAGAAAUGAGCUCCAAAACUUGAACAUCAACAAUGUUAUAACUAGUCCAGAUCAAGAUGAUGAGGUGCAUUUGGAAAAUAUGGAACAAGAGGCCAUAGAUGUUAAAAGAGGUGGACGUAACCUGACCAGACCGUUAGUACGUCGUAAAUCAGAACUACCUGUUGACCAAACAACAAUGAAGGCUUUGAACGAUCACAAAAGAGCUGAUGAGUAUCUCACAACACCACCAGAUGUUAAUAAGUGCUAGUUACCAUUCAUUAUUUUUUUUUGCUGGUUUCUGUUAAUCAAAAAAACAAUAAUUCUAAAGGACGCUUGCUGAAAUGGCACAUAAUGAAAAUUUCAAGAUUCUGGAAAAGAGCGUAGUGCCAAUGUUGAACAUAUACAUAUAUAUAUAUAUAUUUAUAUUAUGCACACUUGUUUUUUCUUUCGUUGUUGAAUAUGUGAUGGGUGGGAUAUCAUUCCCUUCUAAUUGACAGGCAGUUUUUUCAAAUUUUAUAUCAUUCCUGUGGUGCUCUGUUUCAUUACAUGUUAGGAUAUUUGAUUUUUCAUGCAUCUGCACCAUCACCAGAUUCUUCAACUCAAAAUUAUAUUGUUAUGAAAUUUACACCAUUCGAUAGAUUAUUAAACAAGUUUCUGAUGAAGGAUAAAACUAGCUCUUUCAUGGUUGAGAUAAUUGUCAAAAAAUAUCAAUGAAUAAGAUCAAUAACAGCAUUAAGAUAAACAACAUUACAAGUGCCAACGAUUAAGUGAAAUAAAAAAAUUUCUGACUGAAUUGAGAAUAUUUGUCCUUUUUUAAAUUCUGUGAGGAAGAAUAAAAUUUUAUUUUAUACUUUAAAAAAGAUCACUGUAGUAAAGUAUACAUGAAUAAGUUUUGUUCUCAUCUUUCUAAAUAUACACUAUGUCUAUUGGAAAUUUUGUCUUUUAUUUUUCCUUUUUAUUACUAGGAAGUCGAAUAUUACCUAAUAUUUAAAGAUCUUCUAAGCUAAAUUGUGAUCAAUUUGUUAAAGAGAUACGGCCAUUAUGAAAGUCAAACUAUAAAAUAAAUACCACCUAAAGACAAAACUCUCCUAAUCCAAUAUUAAAAGCUUCUCUUUUUUUCACUUGAAUCUAUCGAAUGGAGAAAAAUUUCCUCUAUUGAAUGAAUAUUCUAUCCUGAAAUAUCAGCCAAUUUUUUAUAGUAAAAUAUUCAAGUGCAGAUUAUUUUCGUCUCAGCAUCGUUAUGAGAGGCUGAGUUUACAUAAAUAUUGUAUUAUUUAAUAGAGUUUUGAAAUUUUAAACAUCUUUUACGCAUUAUUUGGUUACUCAGAUGCUAACUAUUCAAGAUUCUAUAUGAAAUAUUCCUGAAUUCUUUCUGAGCUUGCUCUACAAGAAAAGGUAUUCUCAUUGGUCAUCUAUGAAUUUAUAUUAGCAUUAUUUAUCUUUACACUGAUGGUUUUCAUAGUUUUUAGUCAGAGGCCUUUAAUCAAAGUAAGGGAUGUUUUUGUAUUACUAGCUUAUCAGAAACCAAAUAUUUAGUGUAGUUUUUUAUGAAUAUUGGUUCUACUCACAAGUCAAGAUGUCCUAGAAAUACAAUGUUUUAGUUAUUUUAUUCAAUUGAAAUAUAUGUUCAUCCAAACAAGUUA